CACGACGUCAGUUUGACUAGGCUUUUGCGUAAAUAUAACAUAUUUCAAGGAUGGAUUCCCAGGGGUUCCGUGAGGCCGCUGCUACGGCCAUUGAUGAUAUUGCCAGCUAUUAUGACAACCUUGACGACCGGAAUGUCGUGUCUACCGUAGAACCUGGCUACCUUCGGAAGCUUCUGCCAUCCGAGGCCCCGGUCGAAGGCGAGGCAUGGACCGAUAUUCACAAAGAUAUUGAGGGCAAGAUCCUCCCCGGUAUCACUCACUGGCAACACCCCGGCUUUCAUGCCUUCUUCCCCUGCGCCACCAGCUUCCCCUCCAUCCUUGGCGAGCUCUACAGCGCCGCCCUCUCCGGCGCCUGCUUCAACUGGAUCUGCAGCCCGGCCGUGACCGAGCUCGAAACGAUUGUGCUCGACUGGCUGGCCAAGAUCCUCGGCCUUCCCGAAUGCUACCUGUCCACCGGUCCCACCCGCGGCGGCGGCGUCAUCCAGGGGUCCGCCUCCGAGGCCGUUCUGACCGCCAUGGUCGCCGCCCGUGACAAGUACCUACGCGAGACCGUCCCUCUCGAGCAGUUCCCCGAGGGCUCCGAGGCGCGCGAGGACGCCAUCGCCCACAAGCGUAGCAAGAUGGUGGCGCUCGCCACGACAGCCACCCACUCGUCCACCAAGAAGGCCUCCAUCAUCCUCGGCGUGCGGUUUCACACCAUCGCCGUCCACGCCGACACGGGCUACUCGCUCACCGGGCCAGUGCUGGCCAAGACGCUCGCCGAACUGCGCGCCCGUGGUCUCGAGCCCUUCUUCAUGACCGCCACCAUGGGAACGACCGACACGUGCGCGGUCGACGACUUCGCAGGUAUCGUGUCGACACUCAAGUCGGACCCCGUGCACCCAGCCGGUACCCCUGGCGAGCUGUGGGUGCACAUUGACGCAGCCUACGCCGGCUCGGCGCUCGUUCUCCCCUCUGUGCGGGAGCAAGUCUCCAUUUCGCUGAUCGAGAACUUCCACUCGUUCGACAUGAACAUGCACAAAUGGCUCCUCACAAAUUUCGACGCCUCGUGCCUCUUCGUGCGUGACCGCAACUGGUUCAUCCAAGCCCUCACCAUCAACCAGGCCGUGUACGGCAACAAGGCGUCCGAGGGCGGGCUGGUGACGGACUACCGCGAGUGGCAGAUCCCGCUGGGCCGACGGUUCCGGUCCCUCAAGAUCUGGUUCGUGCUGCGGAACUACGGCGUCAAGGGCCUGCAGAGUUAUAUCUCACGCACCCUCAAGCUGGGCGAGGAGUUUGCCGACUCGCUCAAGUCUAGGCCGGAUCUAUUUGAGAUUUUGACCGGCCCUAACUUUGCGCUGACUGUGUUCAGGGUCGCCGGCAAGGAGCAGGGUAAGAGCGAUGAGGAGCUGAAUGCGCUUACCAAGGCUGUGUGCGAAAAGAUCAACGCUUCCGGCAGAAUGUGGGUGACUAGCACGGUGCUGGAUGGCAGGUUCGCCAUUCGCAUGGUGACUAGCGUGAGUACGACUGAGAAGGAGCAUGUUGACCGGGCGUGGAAGAUUCUGGUUGAGGCGGCGGAGGAGGUUGUCAAGGCUUAGAACCAGAGCGUGGGUCAAUAGACAUGGUGGGUGUGCAUGGCGUCGGGUAGACAAGGGCAAAUGAGAUCGUAGAGAACCA